UUUCUGAGAUCCUCCUGCUGAAUCUAGUGUUGAUUGUGUUGUGUCUCCAGUCCAGCAGGAGUCGGUAUGAAGCUCUUUAGUCCGCCGGUAAACUCACUAAACAAAGAAAGAAGAACUCACAGUUUGUUUAGAUGUUCAGCUGCUGCGUCUUUCAUACAUUUAUGUCACUUAUCUGUUUCUAUUCUUGAUGAUUUCCUCUCUUUCAUGACAGCAAACCAAACGUUUUCUCUUUGUUUUGACAAGAGCUUUAAAUAUCCUGUUUCAGGAGUCUUAUUGAGUUUUUGUGUUGAGCUGCUGAAGAUGAGCGUCAGAGAUCAGAGAUCCAGAGACACACAGGACUCAGAGCUCAGCCUCACUUUACUCUGUUAUACUGACACUCAGGAGAGUGUGUGUGACAGUAAUCAGGGUGAUCAAACCUCCACAGAGUCUCUGGCUUCUGUCUGUAACGCUGGAGAACAGCAGAUGCUGCAGAUACCAUUGAAGAUGUGUUCAGUGAAGCUGCUGGACUGCAGGAACCUGAUGGAGAUGAGAGGAGAAACCACAGCAGAGGAACAACAUGAUGAUCACGAUGAAGAUGAUGAUGAUGAUGAAGAGGAGGAGGAUGUUAUUCAACAUGAUGGUCACGAUGAAGAUGAGGAGGAGGAGGAUGAUGAUGAUUUCAUUCCUUCAGAUGAGAACAGUGGUUCAUCUUCUGAUGAAGAAACAACUUCUACAUCAAAAGCAAGACAUGAGAGAACCUUUACUUCCUCAGAAGACAGGAAGCAUCAGCAGUUCCCCUGUGAGUUGUGCGGGAAGGUGUUCUCUGGUUCCUCUAAUAUGAAGGCUCACAGGAAGACACACAGCAAUGAAAAACCUUUUCAAUGCAUUGAGUGUGACAAGUGUUUCAGAAGAAACAAAAAUCUUGUUCUUCAUGGGAGAAUACACACAGGAGAGAAACCGUUCAAGUGUCCUCACUGUGAGAAUCGAUUCAGACACAGACACCAUGUGAAGGAACACUGUGUCCGUUUUCACGCCAAUAAGCGACUGUAUCAGUGCAGCGAAUGUGGGAAAACCUUUGUACAACUAGAUUCUCUAAAGUUGCAUCAGAAAAUGCACUUAAAAACCUAUCAAUGCUCACACUGCGAUAAACAAUUUAGGAACAAUUCUCGUCUGAUACUCCAUGAGAGAACGCACUCUGGAGAGAAACCUUUCCUCUGCUCUUACUGUGGAAAGAGAUUUUCUGAUCGACGUAAUUUCAGAGUUCAUGUGAGAGUUCACACGGGAGUAAAGCCUUAUAAAUGUAGCAUUUGUGGGAAGAGCUUCAGUCAAUCUUCCCACUUAUCCAAGCACCAGAAAACACAUACUGGAGAAAGACCUUACAAAUGCUCUCUGUGUGACAAAACGUUUUCUCGAUCAGAUGUGCUGAAAUCCCAUCAGAGAGUGCAUACAGGAGAGAAACCAUACCGCUGCCCAAUCUGCAGGAAGGAAUUCGCUCAUUUAGCAAGUUUUAGUACUCAUAAGAAGAUACAUGUUAAAGACCAAACUGUUCUGGAAUCCACUAGCAUCUUUUCAUGCCUCAAUCUGUGACAAGCAGCAUAUAUUUGAGCAUAUAUGACUCAAAUUUGUUUUGCUGUUUGUAAAGUGAUCCAGUGUUUCCUACUGAGUGUAAACUAAAUGUACCGUGUUUGAAAUGCUUGUGAUGUAGUACCUUUGAAUGCCCAGAUGGUGUCAAUGUAUACAUUUUGAGAACGAUGCUGAUGUUGUAAUCAUGUAAAUAGGGCUAGGCGAUAAAACAAUAUCGAUAUUUAUCGGAAAAAAUAAAUCCUUUAUGUCGAUUAUAAACUUCUGAGUAGUUUUUGAUAUUUAACACAUGUUCUACAACUAGACGAUCGGAUCAGGUAUGUGUUGCUAAAAACACGAGUACAAAAACACGAGUACAAAAACGCGAGUAGUUUAGCAAAGAUAUACACACGAUUAGCUAUCAUCCAUAGCGCUGUCACAGGAAAGAAACUGUUUCUACUUUUAGUGUUUAUUGGCAGUUCAUUGAAAGGUUGCAUAUCCUGUGGAGUUUAACAAGUAAUGUUUACAUUCAUUCUUGAGGUCUGACAUACAUGUGGAAUGCAUGUCCUUCCCUAUUAAUGGUAUGAAAUAAAUAUUGCGAUAAUAUUUUCGGCCAUAUCGCCCAGCCCUACAUGUAACCUUCAAAUGGAAAGAACCUCUGUAUGUGUAAUAAGCAUCUGGCUUCAACAUGCAGCUGUUUGUUUGUAAUCUCAAAAAGAUAAAAAGAGAGAAAGGUUUCGAAACCGCACUGAACUUGUUUAAACUGUUUUAUUAUGUACUUGCGUUUAGAGUAGAAGAUCAUAUUCAUGUAUUAGGAUAGAGAAGUAAAGUAACCAGUGAUAUAAACCUGUGGUAGACAUAAAUGUACAACAGAGAAUGGAGUAUGUUGAAUAUUUUUUUACAGAUAAAACAUCCAAAAGAGUGUUCAGGUGACUUCACCUGAAGAAUCCUGAUAGACUGAUAAUUCACAUCUGCAUCCUAACUCAAAAUCAAUGCCUUACUGUCGGAUGAGUAUUUCAGUGGGCAAAUAUUCAAUAUUGUGCUACCAAUUUGGUGCUGGUGCCACCGAUUGUAGUACUUGGUGGCACCGGUGCCAUCGCUCUCAAAUUUAAGUCUGAAGCUCUGUCCUAAAUGACUAAUAUGAAAUCAUCUUUUAUCUUAAAACUAAACUGUCGCUAGAGGUUAAUUAAUAUGCACACAGUUAAUAUGCACGUAAAUUUGCCUGUAUUUAUCGUUAAAUACGAAAGCCAUGCUCAUGAUAGAUGGCGGCAACAGAGAAAACCAUUUAAAAUGACAUGUAUAACAGUAUGGUUAAGAUCUGCUUAUUUAUAACUCCACUUUACAUGCAUUUCAGCCACGGUUACCAUUAUUUAAAUUCUAAAAAUGAUAGUAUAAUGAAUACGUCCCUCACUGAACCAAUCGGUCAUUUGAAUAUGAACAAAAUGAGACGGCAAUUAAUUACUGAUGGAAAUGUAGUGCUUUGGUGCACAGUGUAACUAAAUAUUUAGGUAUUAAUUGUCCUAUUUUUAUGUAUUGUUUAAAGUUAAGAGAAGCAUUUUAAGAGUAUAGGAAAAAUAAGAUCUGCUCUGUUGUCAUUUGUGGCGAAAAUGGUUGUAGUGCUUAAAGCUGCAUCACCAAACACAAUUGCACACCCUACAAAUGGACAACAACUUGGAAGUUGUUUCUGUGUUUUAUACUGGGAUAAUAUAUUUUAACAUAAACAAAUCAUACACAUCAGCUUUAAACUCUGUUUUUCAAGUGUCUUAGUACAUUUACGACUCUGCUUUUGGUUCAGCGACUCACUCGAAACGCAAAAGAGGCUCAUUUGUCGCCACCUACUGGCACAAAAGCGUAAUUUGCUGAAAUGGGUUAGUUUAGGAACGCCCACCCCGGUGUUUGCUGAAACGGGUUAGUUUAGGAACGCCCACCCCGGUGUUUGCUGAAAUGGGUUAGUUUAGAAACGGCCACCCCGGUGUUUGCUGAAAUGGGUUAGUUUAGAAACGGCCACCCCGGUGUUUGCUGAAAUGGGUUAGUUUAGAAACGCCCACCCCGAUGUUUGCUGAAACGGGUUAGUUUAGAAACGCCCAUCCCGGUGUUUGCUGAAAUGGGUUAGUUUAGGAACGCCCACCCCGGUGUUUGCUGAAAUGGGUUAGUUUAGGAACGCCCACCCCGGUGUUUGCUGAAAUGGGUUAGUUUAGGAACGCCCACCCCGGUGUUUGCUGAAAUGGGUUAGUUUAGAAAGGCCACCCCGGUGUGCGCUGAAACGGGUUAGUUUAGGAACGCCCACCCCGGUGUUUGCUGAAAUGGGUUAGUUUAGGAACGCCCACCCCGGUGUUUGCUGAAAUGGGUUAGUUUAGGAACGCCCACCCCGGUGUUUGCUGAAAUGGGUUAGUUUAGAAACGGCCACCCCGGUGUUUGCUGAAAUGGGUUAGUUUAGAAACGGCCACCCCGAUGUUUGCUGAAACGGGUUAGUUUAGAAACGCCCAUCCCGGUGUUUGCUGAAACGGGUUAGUUUAGAAACGCCCACCCCGGUGUUUGCUGAAACGGGUUAGUUUAGAAACGCCCAUCCCGGUGUUUGCUGAAAUGGGUUAGUUUAGAAACGCCCACCCCGGUGUUUGCUGAAAUGGGUUAGUUUAGAAACGGCCACCCCGGUGUUUGCUGAAACGGGUUAGUUUAGAAACGCCCAUCCCGGUGUUUGCUGAAACGGGUUAGUUUAGAAACGCCCACCCCGGUGUUUGCUGAAAUGGGUUAGUUUAGGAACGGCCACCCCGGUGUUUGCUGAAAUGGGUUAGUUUAGAAACGGCCACCCUGGUGUUUGCUGAAAUGGGUUAGUUUAGGAACGGCCACCCCGGUGUUUGCUGAAAUGGGUUAGUUUAGAAACGCCCACCCCGGUGUUUGCUGAAAUGGGUUAGUUUAGGAACGGCCACCCCGGUGUUUGCUGAAAUGGGUUAGUUUAGAAACGGCCACCCUGGUGUUUGCUGAAAUGGGUUAGUUUAGAAACGCCCACCCUGGUGUUUGCUGAAAUGGGUUAGUUUAGAAACGGCCACCCUGGUGUUUGCUGAAAUGGGUUAGUUUAGAAACGCCCACCCUGGUGUUUGCUGAAAUGGGUUAGUUUAGAAACGGCCACCCUGGUGUUUGCUGAAAUGGGUUAGUUUAGAAACGCCCACCCCGGUGUUUGCUGAAAUGGGUUAGUUUAGGAACGGCCACCCCGGUGUUUGCUGAAAUGGGUUAGUUUAGAAACGGCCACCCUGGUGUUUGCUGAAAUGGGUUAGUUUAGAAACGGCCACCCUGGUGUUUGCUGAAAUGGGUUAGUUUAGAAACGGCCACCCUGGUGUUUGCUGAAAUGGGUUAGUUUAGAAACGGCCACCCCGGUGUUUGCUGAAAUGGUCAGUGACUGAAUCUGAACAAAUCUUUUUUGCUGAACGGAUUCAGAAGACUUGAGUCGGGAUGAAUCAGAGUCCCCACCAUCGGAUUUGAAAAAACAAAACACAAAUUGGAUUCAUCAUGUGCUGAACAAGGACUUGAAAGAAACAGGAGUAAACAGCACAACUGCCAUGGGACUCGGCUGAGAAUGUGAUGAUUAUGUUUCCAUUUCAAGUUCUUUCGUUCCAGUCAAUGUUUUGAUAACACAGUACUCACUACAAUAUAUAUUGCUGAACAAAGUCAUAUUAAUCGUCUACUCUUAAGUAUUUAAAUAAUAUAUAGUGUAAAACGUUAAAAUAAUAAUUUUGUGGGGGCCUGGGUAGCACAGCGAGUACUGACGCUGACUACCACCCCAGGAGAGUGACUCCAGCCAGGUCUCCUAAGCAACCAAAUUGACCCGGUUGCUAGGGAGGGUAGAGUCACAUGUGGUAACCUCCUCGUGGUCGUAAUUAGUGGUUCUCGCUCUCAAUGGGGCAUGUGGUAAGUUGUGUGUGGAUCAUGGAGAGUAGCAUGAGCCUCCACAUGCUGUGAGUCUCCGCGGUGUCAUGCACAACGAGCCACGUGAUAAGAUGCACGGAUUGACGGUCUCAGAAGUGGAGGCAUCUGAGACUUGUCCUCCGCCAGCUGGAUUGAGGUGAGUAACCGCGCCACCACGAGGACCUACUAAGUAGUGGGAAUUGGGAAUUCCAAAUUGGGAGAAAAAUAAUAAUAAUUCUGUGUGAACCAUAGCGUGGAAUUAUUUCCCAAAUAACACACAUAUAUCUCCGACAUUUCUGUAUAAGAUCAUUUCAUCUGGAAAGCAUCAAAAUCUAAUUAAACAUCUUAAAAACAUUCUAAAUCAUAAACGUGUCAAAGACGUGCUGAAUUUCUUAUUGACAUCCGAGACAUACGUAUUGAAAAUACGUCUUCCAGAUGUAAACACGUAUCAAAUCAACAUCAAGGUGAUGUUCCACCCAUUUCAUCACCAUGACCCACCAUCUCUGCUUACAGCCAAUGCUGAGAUCACUUCAUUUGACGGACACCAGUAUCGGCCAAUAGGAAAGCGCAGUUGGCAAAAAAGGGCAGGUCUGUAUAAGUUUAUGGUGAUCGUCUGACCGGAUGGGAAAAGUUUCUCUUCUAGUUUUCUCUCUCUCUCUCUCUCUCUCUCUCUAACAACUGAUAUGUGAUUUCUCACAUUUGCUUGAAUGAAAAACACUGUAUUUUAUAAACCUGACUGAAUCAACUGAGUUUAUCAAUAAUAAACUGCUGAAGGGAGUGAUGAAGUGAUCCUCAGGGUUUAUUUGGAGUUUGUAGUGUUAGAUCAAAGCUCGUUAUUUUUUUUGUUGUUAAAAAAUAACAAAAUGUUAUUAUUGAGAGAGUGCAACCAAAAUCCAUUUUCCAAACCAUGUCUUUACCCAAAUCCACUUUGAUAAACCUAUAAUAAUGAUAUUAUAAAUAUUCUAGAGCUGUCAGGAUGGAUUUCUUGGGAAAUUGCAUACAUACGUCAUUCGUGCAUGCAUGUUGACGUCAUAUCCGGACACAGAGAAAAUAAGCUCCGGCUACAGUAGCACAUGUAUGGUGUGGGAGUAGCUGAAGCUGAAAGUUUGUUGUCACAACGAACGAGAAAAAUUGACCAUGGAUCGUUCAAAAUGGCACACCUCCGGGGAAUCACCAGUUGUAAAAACAAAGAAACUCCAAACAGAUCAGAGUCUACAAGCAAAAAGGGAAAGCAACAGAAUCCGUAAUAAAACCCAAAUCAACAUCAGCUUGGCUUUUCAGAGGUGGCAACAACUCCGAGAUCUGAAAGGAUUUAAAAGUGACCCAGAGAUGGCUUUUUUCUUACUCAACAGGGAUUUUCUGCCGAGAGGAUCUGGCAUCAUCACUCACAGACCGCUUAUUCUCCAGCUAAUGAACAGCAAAGCAUGAUUUUAUGCACUGCACGGUUGCCACACGAUUGGCUGAUCAGAUAAUGACAGGUGUACCUAAUAAAGUGCUAGUUUCAGUUAUCUAGUUUUUUCACAGUACUUCGUCACCACGUAUGUCGGAGAGAAAGCAAGACUAAAGACCAGGUGUGUGUGUACAGUAUAUAGUCUUGUGUUGCCACACUUCUGUCAUCAUAAAGUCUGGUCCACACUGCAGCAUAAACACAUUUUGCGUUUUGUUCUUGCGUGCCCAUUAGUUUGUGUUCAUCUGAAACACAUCUGUAAAUUCCCUCCAAGAUGCAUUAGAAACGGAUAGCAAUCCGAUCGCACAAACAUCUCAGUAAAAGCGCACGAAGAGACCAAGUGUAAAUACACUAUUAAUGCUGUGAUUGUGUGUUUGUUUGUAUCGUAGGUGAUGUUGUUGAUAGACAUUGAGCUCUUUUACAUCAACACAAACCACGAAGACUUCAUCGGCUUUGCCAAUGCACAGCAGAGAAGUGCAGCGGUCAGUAAGAAGAGAGCAAUGCCCAAUCAGGUGAUCAGAAGGGAUUGGCUGAUGAUCAACAUUGGCAUAAUGAAGGGCGGGUCAAAGGACUACCGGUUCAUUCUGAUGGCGGAGUCUCUGUCCACGUACAAAGAUGAGGAGGUGUGUGUGUUUUAUGUGGUUUACAGUAUGUACGUGUAAUUUAAGGAGAGUAUAUGCCUCAUUAUGUGACUUGAUUAUUGAAAUAAAACUCUGUGUGUGAUUUCCAGGAGAAAGAGAUGUUUUGUGCUGCCUCUGGAUAACAUGAAGAUCAGAGAUGUCGAGAAAGGCUUCAUGUCCACCAAACACAUCUUUGCCAUCUUUAACACCGAGCAGAGGAAUGUGUAUAAAGAUCUUCGUCAGAUUGAGUUGGCCUGUGACGUCUAUCUUGAGAAAGACAGGUACCUGUGUCUGCUGAAGGCCUCGACAUACUUCCUACAAAAUUGAAGAACGAACGGGUGUGACGUCAUUUAGAACAAAAUCUGGCCAAGAAGAAGGUGUUUUUGCAUUCGUUUCGGUGGUUCGUAACAGCUCGCUGUGGAAAAAUUCUUAUCGACUGCUAAACACCUUCUUACUGUCAUUGGUCCACGUCAUCAGUGGGUGUGACCUGUAGCUCCACCUACCUUGAGGCUGAUGGCUAAUUCUGUUUAUGUUGUUCAGUGAGUCAAAAUCUGUCAACAUGAACACAUCGAUGUGCAGAGUUAUUAGCGAGCUGGUGCAAAUGUACCUACAUCUGUACGAUCGUUUAGAGACAUUUUCCAAGACUAAGUCAUGUGAUUUUUUUUUAAGUCACCUCCCACAUCGGUGUGGCGGGUGUCUGAAUGUUCACAAACAGUAUACCGUUGCUCGGCUGUUUAGAACGAAGAAGAACUUCUACAGAAGUAUAUCGAAGCCUUGAGUCUCACCUGAAUCUGUGAUAUCAGCACCAGCACCAUAUCUGUGCCUGUACCGCCCCCUGUGGACGACACCUGGACACAGACCAACCCCAG